AUGGCCAACAAAAAGACAGCUGCCGCUCAAUAUUUUGAGGAUUUUUUGGCUGCCGUUAAAGAGAAGGAGAACGAAGAACUGCUGAUGAGUUUCCGAGGAGUGCUGUAUCCUGAACGCCUUUGCAGCCCUGAGACCUUCGAAGCGCUGGAAGCCCUGGAAGCCAGAAAGGAUGAUGUUCUCAUAGUUGCUUAUCCAAAAUGCGGCACUAACUGGAUGCUACAUAUUAUGAAUGAAAUGAUAGCUGCUAUUCCAAGUAACAGGGAUUUACCACCACCCAACCACUUCCAAAUGCUUGAAUUUGGACCCCCAGAAAAAGUUCAGAACAUGAAAAACCAGCCCUCGCCACGUGUCUUUGCUACUCACCUCCUUUAUGAUGACAUCCCCAAGUCUUUCAUUCAGAAAAAGACAAAGAUAUUGGUGAUAUUUCGAAAUCCCAAAGAUGCAGCUGUAUCCUUCUUCCAUUUCUACAACAAAAAUCCUUUGCUUCCAACUAUCGCUUCAUGGGAUGAGUUCUUUCAAAUGUUCAUGAGUGGUGAAGUUUGUUUCAAGUCCUAUUUUGACCAUGCUCUUGCUUGGGACAAACAUAUGGAUGAUGAAAAUAUCAAGAUCGUCACAUUUGAAGACAUGAAAGAAAACCUUUAUGAAGGAAUGAAACAAAUAGCCGCGUUUUAUGAGCUGCCCCUGCCUGACGAGACCAUUCAGUCUUUAGCAGACAAAGCCACAUUUCAAGAAAUGAGCAACAAAUCCAGUGAAACUCAUGGUUCAUUUGCUUCUGUCCUUUUCAGGAAAGGUGCAGUGGGUGACUGGAAGACAUUGUUCACUGAAGCUCAGAGCAAGGAAAUGGAUGCAAAAUUUGAAGAGUGUUUAGCAGGAACUAAAUUGGGUGCUAUGUUAAAAUAUGAUAAAUUCUGCACAUUUUAAAUUUGGCAACAUCAG